ACUUCCGGGUGACCGGCAUUUCCCGGCCGGUAGUGAGCGGCGCGCGGUGGGUUUGUGACACUGUUGUCGCCGUUGUGCUGGAAAACCCAUGCAUUGAAAAGUUCUUCCACAAAUGGAACAAAGCGUCUCAGCCUCUGAAUCAAACAUCGAUACCAGAGCAGAAAACUGGUUUGUUGGUGAUCAGGUUUUGGCUCCCUUUCCUGGAGAUGAUGAGCUAUAUGAGGCCACAAUAAAGUCCAUUUCUACAGGUGACGAUGGAAGAACUGUGGCAGUUGUAAGGUUUUCCAGCUUCAAUGAAGAGACAGUGGCAAUAAGCGCACUCAAAAGAAAAAGCAAAAGCGAAUGCUGGAAAGGUUUUAUUUUUGAUGAUGAUGAUUUGGAGAAGCCCUUCUUCCAUGACAAAAAGACACUGGGCCCCAAGGUCUCUUUCAAAUUGUCUGAGGGCAGCAUAUGCAUACCGUAUACAAUUAACAGAUACUUGAGAGACUACCAGAGAGAUGGAGUCCAGUUCAUUUGUAGACAUUACUUUCGUGGUGGAGGAUGUAUCCUUGGCGAUGACAUGGGACUUGGAAAAACAGUUCAGGUUAUUUCCUUUCUAGCAGCAGUGCUUCAAAAAACAGGGACUCGAGAGGAUAUUGAAAAUAACAUGCCCAAAUUUUUACUGAAGACUAUGAGGAAGGAAUCAAAAGCAACCAAUGACAAAAUUUUUCUCAUAAUUGCUCCUCUCUCUCUGCUGUAUAACUGGAAGGAUGAACUGGAUAGCUGGGGUUAUUUUAGAGUCUGUAUCUUGCAUGGCAACCAAAAAGACCAUACUUUCAGCUGCAUUCGACGGAGGAAGUGCGAGAUUGCCCUGACAACCUAUGAAACAGUCCGCCUCUGUUCGGCUGAUAUCAAUUGUAUUGAGUGGUCUGCAGUGUUUGUAGAUGAAGCCCAUAAGAUAAAGAAUCCUAAAGCUCAGAUCACACAGACUUUGAAGGCCCUGAAGUGCAAGGUUAGAAUUGGGCUAACUGGAACCAUUUUGCAGAACAACAUGGAUGAGCUAUGGUGCGUCAUGGACUGGGCAGUACCAGGUUGCCUGGGCAACAGAGCUCAUUUUAAGGAAGAGUUUUGCAAUCCAAUCGAAUUUGGUCAGAGGCAUACAGCAACCAAAAGAGAACUAGCUGUUGGGCGAAAGUCUAUGAGACGGUUGGCAAAACGCAUGUCCUUUUGGUUUCUGAGACGUACCAAGGCACUCAUCAGUGAUCAGCUACCAAAGAAAGAUGACCGGGUGAUAUACUGCUCUCUGACAGAGUUUCAGAAGAUGAUAUAUAAGGCAGUGCUGGAGACAGAGGACAUAAAGUUGGUGCUGCAUGGCUGGAAUCCAUGUAAUUGCAACAGUGGCCGAAAAAGGAAAAACUGCUGUUAUAAGCAAAAUCAAGAUGGCUGUACAGUACGGCAAAUUUAUUUUAGUUACUUGGCCAUUCUCCGUAAGGUAUCCAAUCAUGUUGCACUCCUGCAGCCUGAUGAGAACACAAGCAAGAUGCAGGCAUCCACUGUCAGAAGAGUUUGUGAACAUGUAUUUUGCAAGUUUCCAGAGUUUGCACAGCAGAGCAAAGAAGCUGCCUUUAUGACAAUUUCUGAUCCUAAAUACAGUGGUAAAAUGAAGGUUCUUCAGCGGCUUUUGGACCACUGUAGAAGGAACCAGGAAAAAAUUCUGCUCUUCUCCCUCUCUACCAAGCUUUUGGAUGUGCUGGAGAGAUACUGUAUGUCAACUGGAUUGGAUUACCGACGACUUGAUGGGAAAACCAAGACAGAGGAGAGGAUCAAAAUAGUGAAGGAAUUCAACAGUACACAAGACAUCAACAUUUGCUUAGUGUCCACAAUGGCUGGUGGCUUAGGGCUAAAUUUUGUUGGAGCUAAUAUUGUUGUGAUAUUUGACCCAACGUGGAAUCCAGCUAAUGAUCUGCAAGCUAUUGAUAGAGCAUAUCGCAUCGGUCAAUGCAGAGAUGUUAAAGUAUUCCGACUAAUUUCAUUGGGUACGAUUGAGGAGAUCAUGUAUCUGCGCCAGCUUUACAAGCAGCAACUGCACUGUGCCGUUGUUGGAAGUGAAAAUGCAAAGCGUUACUUCAAUGCGGUGCAAGGAUCAAAGGAGCACUAUGGAGAGCUGUUUGGAAUCCAGAAUCUUUUUGGCCUACGCACAGGUGGAUCCUGCUUGACCCGAGAUAUCAUUCAGAGGACAGGUCAACUGGAAGCAGGAGUGUUGACAGCUGCUACACAGUUGAGAGAAGAACCUCCAGCGACAAGGCUAGAAACAGUGAGUUUUCCGGCAUCUCUUGAUACAGGAAAAGUGUUGGGAGAAGAGAAUAACGACUUGCAGAUGCAACCUAAUAAAGGGAGCAAGCCAUCUAAAAGAAAGUCAGAAGAAUUUUCUGACUUCAGCAGUGACAGCGAGACAGAGCCUUCAAGUAUGACAAAAAUGAGGAGUGGUAAACAUGAUCUGGUAGAUACCAGUAACAAUGCAAAUUCCCGGGGACAGCUUACAUUGGCCCAGUGUGGAUUUUCCAAACUCCUUGACAGGAAAACAGGCACCAGAGAGGAAUUCAGCGAGAGUGACUGGAGUUCUGAUAAUGAGAUAUUAGAGAACCAAAGCACAGAAGAAAGCACAAGCAAUGAUUUAGGUUCGCCUGUAGAUAAGGCAAAAUACAGGAGCAGUGACUUGGCCUCGGAGGCCCACUCUGAUGCGCAACCUGUAAAAGGGAAUCAUGGGUUUGUUCAGCAAGUAAGACAAAAGCUUUGUCAAAACUGGAGCACUUCUAGUGAAUCUGAGGGAGAAGCUGAAUUAAGAAACAAAUGCAAGUAUCAUGGUACUUCAGAAAAAGUCGCUAUUGCCAUGACAACUGACAAUGGUGCAGAAGGAAGCGAUGAUGUCAUCCACCCUUCACAAAUGUUAGGACAAAAGAAAAAAGUGCCUGCCAAGAAGAAAUCUAAGUCUAACUUCCUGGCAAAAGAUUCUGAGGAUUCAAAUAAUAAAAACUUCACAAGUAUUUCCUGUGAAGAAAAGGUCCUGUUGUCCUGUAAACAAUCAGGAUUUCCUGGUGUAAAAGCAGGCAUCAUUGGUGAUUGUCCCAAGAUAACAAAGGGGAAUCCCUUGAACUAUUCUGCCAAAUUAAAAGAACCAAACAACAUCAGCGAUGAGUCAGACGACAUUGAAAUAUCUGCAGACUCACCAGGGAUAACGCCCAUUCAAUCUGAACAUGGAGCAGAAAGAGCCAAAAAAACCCUGGACAGUAAAUCUCAAGUCAGUUUUAAAAAAGAGACAAUGCAAUACAACAUUGAGGAAUUUUCAUCAUCUGAAGAUGAUGUUCCCACAAAACGAAUCAGGUUCAGCGCAAACAGAGAGAUGGGUAAAAGUAACAAUAAACGAAAGGUCAGCAAUGUUCAGUUUGGUCCCAAGCAUAAGCCGAUUGGAAUUGGCAAAGAUGAAGACAUACCGGGGCGCAAAAAUCGGAGCCAAAAUCACGGGGAGCAGUUUGCGACAAUGGACAGAUUGUUAGGUGAUGUACAGGAAGUGGCUUUCAUUCAUUCGAACCAACAUGUGAUUGGAUCCAGCAAGGCUGAAAAUCAAAUGAGUCAUAAUGCAAUUCGUGAUGUAUUUGAGCUAAAACAAUAUUCCCAGAUUCCUGCCAAUGUAGCAGUCCACACCAGUCAGAUACUUCAAAAACCUGAUAAAGUGCUUUGUUCCCCUCCAAAAUCUUCCCAGCAACACCAAACGAACAAAGGUCAAAAGUUACCUCCCCUCCCACUUAUGCAUCCUGUCACUCAGACAGAGAGGAAGGUGCACCGAGCAGGUGGCAGUACCUUCUUGAUUGGACAAACAUCCAAAGGAAUCUGUAGAAAACAGCUCUCUGAAAUGGCUGAGCUUUUCAACUCGGCCUCUGUGGAAGAUCUGGCAGAGCGUGUUUUAAGCAGCACCUUGCAGCACCGGCUGACAAUGCUGAGUGAGUUUUACACGUCCCAGAAUCCAGAACUAAGCAACAUCAUGCCAGUCGGGUCCCCAGAAUCUGCACUUGAAGAUGGUGCUACAGUGGAAAGAUCAAGGAUCUGUACAGCCACAGACCUUUCUGACAGUAGGAAAAAAAACCAAAUCAAUUCUUUGAUUCAAGGAGUGUCAGGUGGCAAAACAAAAAGUUUUAGGAAAGAGCAUCUAAAAGAAACCAUUGCAUGUUUUGAAACUCAAAAUGAUGUUAUUUCAGAAAAAUGCGACCAUAAAUCAAGACUGCCCCUUAUUAAAAUUAAUAAAAUGUCAGCAGACAAAUCAUUUUCUAGUCAUUCUGUUGAAGGUGUUGACAGUAGCAUCAACAUGGAUUUUUCAAGUUCUUCAACUACUCCGCUCUCAAAGAAUAAACCAAAUAGGAGAGAGACAAGUUCCAGAGAGGCUGUGAAAUGUCAGCAGCACCAUGAAGAGAUAGGGCCACCAACAGAAAGGUCAAAGUGCAAGUCAGGUAACAACCAAGAAUCAAUGCAAUCUAAAACUGGUUCAAUCACAGAGCUGCUUGGUGACACCUCAAUACUAGAUACAUUGUUUGGGAGAAAGAAGAACCAUACUGCACAGCCAAGAAAGACUUCAGGGAAUGUCCCAAAAGGAAAACGCAAACCAAAAGAUUUUUGGGACGUUCUCAAUCAAAGUAACAAUGAGUAUGUUAGUACACUAACAGAUUUGUCUGUGAUAGAGAGUUUAUGUGAAAGUGCACCCUUGAAAUCAAAGAAAAGAGAAGAAAAGUCAGAUGGCACCCUUUGGAAAAAGAAUGAGAAGUUUUUGUGGAAAAAAGGUGAUCCAAAGGAUGACUCUGGUGCCUCAACAUCUGGCACAUUUUUGGCAAAUUAACUGUGAAAAUGGAACUGCAGGAAUGGGCAGGCACGCCUCCCAUCGGUGCACCACCAUAUUAUAUGGACCGGCCAAUUAAGGCUCACCCAGCGUGAUGUCCGCCAGGAAGCACUAUGCACUCCCUGUGCGGGCUGGGGGGGGAUUCCCUCAGCCGAGAGUGCGCUCUUUUGCACAUGCGAAAUUGCGUACUGAUCUCCCUGAGGCUAAGUGCUGGAUGGAGAAGACUGACAGAAACCUACAAAUGAAUAAUAGAUUAACUGAUUUAGAUAUUAUAAUCAUAAAAAUGAAAAAUUCUUGUAUAGAAAUUUAUUUCUGCUUGUUUUCAAAGCUAAGAUAUCUGAAUUUCAUAGGCUGGCAGUAAUGGGUCAUGGUAAGGAAACCCAAGAACACCCUUGCACACUGAUCAUUUGGGACAUUUUUACAAUUGAUACCUUGUUUUACUUUAGUUGACCUAUUGCUGUCAGAAUCUGAGCAUUUUUAUCAUUUAGGAUUUUUGCUAUGCAUUGCCUUAAUUUUAUAUGGAAAAGAUCAUCUCCUUUUUAUUGUAUUUAUUUUAAGUAUAUAUGGAAUGUCACUUGCUGCUUUGCAGCAUUGGUUGUUCUUGCUUGUGAAUCUGUCUAAAACAAUAUAAAUAGCAAUGUGAGAGAGCCUGA